AUGAAGCACUUAAUCUCCAUCCUCGUUUUGUUCUUAUUCUUUACUACUUCAUCAAUAGCUUUAACUCCAUCUUCAUAUAAUGUUCGACAAGGCGAUCAAACACUACCUGCUGUUAUCGAUCCUAAGCUUCAACGAAUUUGUGAUAAGACUGACAAUCCAGUUGAAUGCUUAAUAACAACUAUUCCAUUCUUACGUAAAAAGGUUGCUAUAAAUCCCGUGUCUAUUCUUAAUAUCGAGGUUGAAGCAAUUGAUAUUAAGACUAAGGAAGCUUUGGACAAGGCCUCAAAGCUCUUAUUAUCUUCCUCAAACUCAAAACCCAUCACUAAUUGUUUUAACAUUUGUAUCAAUAACUACAAGUCUAUUCUUGAAAGCAAACAUAGAAUCCUUGAUGCUAUCUCGAUUGGCGAUGACAAACAACUGAGGGUGGAGCUAAGCUCCAAUGUGGACAAAAUAUAUCAUUGUGAGGAUGCAUUUGAAGAAGCCAACGUUAAGUCACCAAUAACAGAAGUGAAUUCAUUGCUCGGCAAGAUGAUUACAAACAGUUUAACCAUUACUAUUGACAUGGUCCACUUUCACAACAAAAAUUAA